CGUAGCAAGGUAGCAUCCGCCUUGCUGAGUGUCAGUCUUGAUCGCUUGGCCUCGCCAGACAGGUCUUCACGCCAACUUCGGCGCGCAGUGGGUGCAACAAUCCCGCGGCGGCCUCUAUAGAGAGCGGGCUGAUCUCGAACGCGUCAAAAGUAUCAAAACCGCCAGCCAAAGCGCUAUAGCCAGAUCCAACUCGCACCGGCUGUUGUGGAGCAAGUCAUGGCUAUGUACGGCACCAGUAUAGCUACACGGCUCGUCAGAGGCAACUCGACAAGCCUUGCCGCCGCUUCAACAUCUAUGCUGCCCCUGACCUCUCCUUUCUCGACGAGUGCCUCGAUCAAUCGGGAGUCGAGGAAGAAGCGACUGGCGCGAGAGAAGCGCAAAGCCAACCUGGAAGCGAGGGAGAAGCGGUCGCGACUGCUCGAGGCCACUCGACCGGAUCCUGUGCUGGGCUAUCCACCCGGAAAAUCAGACAUAUGGACCCAGAGCGAGCUGGCCCAACUUAUCGUUAGGAGGGACGAGCUCUGGUCUACAGCGCCAGAAGCCGACCAAGAGACGAAGCAGUACAACUUUGGCUUGCAAGCUGAAGAAGCUGAGCUUCUCUUCCGCGAUCUGCCCGGUGUGGCUGCGCAACGAAGUUUUCUGGGCGAAGUGACUUUUGAGGCGGCUGCGAUAGAACAGCAGGAAGCGGUGUUGAAGGUCGAAGAAGGCAAGAAGGACAACCUGCAGAGAAUACUCGACUUGCGGAAUGCGAACAGCAAGGGUAUCAAUUUUGAAAACCGGCGCAGGAUCGUUCAGGCUUUCUCGGGCGAGCAGCCUGACAACACCGGCAGUCCUGCCGUGCAAGCUGCACUUUUGACGUACCGGAUCCACAAUAUUGCGUCACACAUGAGUAGCAAUAGGGGGGAUGUCCACAACCAUCGUGCGCUCCGUACACUCGUCCAUCAGCGACAGAAGAUCUUCAAAUAUCUCCGUCGAAAGGAUAACGAAAGCUACCUAGACACUCUGCGCCGUGUCGGCCUCGACGCCAGAGCUGUGGAGGGCGAGAUCACUAUGUAGAGGGCGUCGUACAGUCCUUGCACAUGGUAACGACAACAUCUGAUGCUUACUACACUGCCGUGCUCUUGCGGUUGAUGUUACAUUUGCAUCUCGCUGAUGCUUUCAUUUGAGCUAGCGUGUUUGCUUGGGUACGAUAUGACUGACCCUGUACUGCCAUCAGACACGUUCCUUCGCUUUGGAAGUGGCUUUGAACGUCGACUGUUUAGCGUUGUCAUCAAAAUGUGAUGCGCAUCAGGGUCACUUUGAGUGGACGUCAGUGUAGAGGCCAUCAGACAGGUCAACGAGCUUACUUGUUGUCCGCCU